AUGAGCCGGGCUGGCCCCGCACCCGGCCCGCGCCUCUUCUUCCCCGACGGAGACUCCGGACGCUGCCCGCCGUCCGCCCGGGGCGCCCCCCUGGCCCGCCGGCCCGGAGCAGGUCGGUGUCCAGAGCAGAGAGCACCGGGGACGGGGCAGCCUGGGGCCGGGGGAGGUUCGCGGGGGCCGGGGCUGGGGGCUGAGCUCUGCCCGUCUCCCCUGCCCGCAGGGAGCCGCCCGAAGCCGGAGCGGGGCGCCGGGGGCUGCCCGGCGGGGCCCAGGAGGAGGAAGCGAACCACGUUCAGCCGGGGGCAGCUGUGCGAGCUGGAGCGGGUGUUCGCCGCGCUGCCCUACCCCGACAUCGGCACCCGCGAGCGCCUGGCCGAGCUCACCCACCUGCCCGAGGCCAAGAUCCAGGUCUGGUUCCAGAACCGCCGCGCCCGGAGGAUCAAGAGCGGAAAGCUGGAGCAGCCGAGCUGCCGGAGGGCUCUGGCCAGUAAACCGCCCCCCUCCUGCCCCCCACCGCCCCAGGGACAAGGGGCCAGAAGCCAACAGGUGCCCGAGCUCCGCCUGCCCGGCAGCUCCCCCCAGCAGUGCCUGGGCCAAGCGCUGCCGGGCCUGGUCUCUGCCUUCCAGGGGCAGCUCCUGUGGGAGGACAGCUGCCAGCCCCCCUGCAGCCAGGCGGGCGCCCAGUGGCCUGUGGCUGCCCCCGGCCAGGCGGGGCCGCAGGGAGCGGACCCCACGGCCGGUGAGGGGCUCUCCUAUUGGGAUGUGUUCCCUGCGCAGACCUCCCUCGGGUACAUCUCCGACCUCAUCUAUAACGCGGCCAUCAUCACCAACCUGGGCGAGCCCUAG